GAUGCCCCAACGCCCCGGGAAGAUCUGUUGGCUCUGUUGGAUGGUUUCUAUGUGGACACGAAGGGUCCGGCCUUGGUCGAGCAGGUCUUCUCAGGCUUCGCCAACCGGGAAGCUGCUGCCGAGACUGUCCGCGGCGUGCUGGAAAAGUACCUCUCCAAUGAGCGUCCCUUUGCGGCGUCCAUCCAGAACAAGCAGCCAUACGACAAGCUGCUUCUGGACCUGAUCAACGAGGGCAAGGAGUCUUUAGAGAAGGUGCUCUUCAUGGUGGUGGCACACAACAAGCUGACGGAUCGCAGCGAGGCUGUAAUGGCCAUGCUCCGCGAAAUGGUCGCGGCCGAGGGCAGCGGAAUGUCUUGCAUGUAUGUUCCAGACAUGCGUGUGGAGGGCGACAUGGACGGCGCG